GCUUUAGUAACAAUUGUCCCAAGAAGAAGCGCAGUAUUAGCAGCAGCAUGGAGGCCUUGAACUGUUCAGCUUUCAAACACUGCAAAUGGUCUCUAGAGCCACCAGCAAUGACAUCAAUUACCAAGAAUCAUCCUCUCCAUGGAUUUCCAAGGAGUUUGAAUUAUUCAUGGAAGCCACUUUCGUCGAGUUUGUGUAGCAUUAGGGGAAGCCGUGUGCUGAAGAAAGGACGUCACGUUGUAUCUCCAGACCUAGCCUCCCCCGGCAUGACAGCUGAGCAUCUUCGCGCGCGGGAGGAUGCCUACCAAGGGGUUGUCAUCGAUCCAGAAAGCUUACCCUUGAGCGCAAAUGCGUUUGCAUCUGCACUGCGAGCCUCUCUGGGGACAUGGAAGUUGAAGGAGAAAAGGGGGGUGUGGCUCAAGAUACUGCAAGAGCAGGCUGAACUUGUUCCCAUAGCAAUUCAGGAGGGUUUCAGCUACCAUCAUGCUGAGCCAGGAUAUGUUGUGCUAACGUAUUGGAUCCCCAGCGAACCCUGCACGCUCCCUGCGAGCCCUUCCCAUCAAAUUGGCAUUGCCGGUUUUGUGAUCAACGACAGAGGAGAGAUCCUUGUAGUGAAAGAACAAUGCUCUUGCAGUUGCUCGGGGGUUUGGAAGCUGCCUACGGGUUAUAUUAACAAGUCUGAAGACAUAUUCUCCGGAGCUGUAAGAGAAGUGAAAGAAGAGACUGGUGUUGAUACAACUUUCCUGGAAAUGGUUGCUUUCAGGCAUGCCCAUCUGGUGGCCUUUGAGAAGUCAGAUCUUAUGUUCGUGUGCUUGCUUAAGCCAUUGUCCUUCGAUAUCACAAUCGACGAGAAGGAGAUUCAAGCUGCCAAGUGGAUGCCUGUUGAUGAAGUGUUGGAGCAGCCAUUCUACAGAGAAGAUCAAAUGUCAAGAAGGAUAAUUGAAGUCUGCAAGGCAACAUAUGAAGAGCAUUACUACUGUGGCUUCACUGCCCAUCAAUUAAUCUCUUUAUUUGAUGGAAACUUGGCAUCCUGCUUGUACUAUAGUGACAAGAAUUUACCUUGUUUCUUGCCCAGUAAUUGAGAAUAUUUGCCUUGUAUUAUGGAGUAAGGAUGAAAUUACUUGUAUUAAUUUGUCACUUUUCUUAAACUUUUUUUUAUUAGCUCAAAUGCGGCAUUAAACUUUAA